CCCUGUCACUGAUCUCCUAUGUGUGGAGUCUUUUUAUGCGAUUCUGAAACUUGAUUUUCCUGGGUUCUGGCUCACAUAAAGUUUUCUACUUCAGAUCUAUUGCUUUUCAUGUGAGCAAGUUGACAACAGAGGGAACAGGUUUGCAUGCUACCUUUAUUACAUGUGAAACAAUAAAAAAAAAUACCUACAUAGGUUGUCAUUGUCAUACUUUACUCACUAUCAUCAUAAAUUGAAAAGUCAAAAUUUUGAACCCCCGCUUAAAACAAAAUCUUCACCAACAUAUCCUGUGGACUGAGGUAUGGCGACCCUUUCAGUAGGGUUACAAUGUUUAUGUUUAAAUAGUGCCACUUAAGUCUUUUUCACAAACUUUUUUCUAGAGAACUGUGAGGUUCGGUGAAUAAUUAUCAACAUGGGUUCUAAAUUCACACAUUUACUUUCGAAGAGGACUGCUCUGAAAAAAAUUAUUCCACAGUGCAUCUCAAGGAACUUCACAGAUUAUUGUCAAUGAAGAUUACAAAGUAUCUUCAUCGUUGUCAAUGAAGAUGACAACGCGAUUAGGCCACUCCAUCGGUCCUUUGCAAGACAUGGAAACUUGUAUGGAGUGUGAUACCUUGCCUCUCAGAAAGGAUAUACCAUUACUAUGCUAAAUAAUGCUUGGUUAUAAAAUAUAUGAUUGGGGGAAAAAACUAUCCAGAACUCUCCGUGAGCCAGGACAGAAAUCAAGGAAUAUGCCAUCCAGUCAGAUGAGACCUCCUACAUCAGAGCUUUUAGAACUACAUGUUUUUUAUGUUCCGGAAGAAAUAUGGAAUUUCAAAUUGAAUACAGUUCCUGUAGAUGACAUUAAUAAUUUCUUCUCAGCUGGCUUUAUAAGGGUGUCACCUCACAUGACAUUGAGAACACUGAGAGAGCAGCUUGGUGAUUACCUGGGUGAAGACACAGUUGUGGAUAAAUAUAUCUUUUUAAAAUGUAUAGGAAAGAAACUUGUGGUGGUAAAAGCAAAACAAGAGACAGAACUGAAGCUUAAAUCAUUUGCUCCUCCAUAUGCAUUUAACCCAGAACUGUAUUUGUUACCAGGAGUAGAAAGCAUUUAUUCAUCAUCAACAACAACUCCAGAAAGAUAUCACAAUAAUACAGAAUACUUGUUGGGCUAUACACCAAACAGUUUAGUUGUUCCAAAUCCUGAAGUUGCUGGGAAUCCAAAACGUUUGGGAAGUUCUUUGAAAAGUCAUCUCAAGCAGGAAAAGGGGGAUUUGUUUGGAUUGAAUGCAACUGAACAGGAAAGUUUAACAGGUCAACACAUUCAGCUGGGCUCCGACCAAAAAGAGAAUGAAAAGAUUCAAGAAAAAUAUAGUUCAGAAACAAAAGGCGAAAACACCUGUAACACAGGCCAAGGAGAGUCUAUUACAUCUCUAUCUGUACCACAUGGUUUAACUGUUGCAAGCCACAACUCUGACAGAAAACCAAGAUCAGAGAAAAUACAUCUGAGAAUGCCUCUCAGCCAAACUCAAGAAAGAUCUUAUACUUCCAGGAAAGAAGAGAAGUACAGUAAACCUGCUACAACUCUCGACAUAAAUCUGAACCACGAGCAAGAGGAAAAUAAUCUGAUUCAUGUACAUCACCUUCCACAGAAAACAAAAGGAGAAAUUUCUAUGUUGGAUGCCAAUACAGAAAAUGGUGGCAACCUAACAGUAAUGGGAAGACAUACUACAGGAGAUUCUGGAAUCCCAGAAUCCUUGGGAGAGAGAGACUUGGAAUAUUUACACAGUCAGAGGAGCUUCCCAUUUUUCAGCCAACGGCAUGCUGGAAUUACCAAGACUGCUGCUGAUGUUGGUAACAUUCAAGAUGGACAGAUGGAUGAGAAUAACCUAAAGACCUUUAUGCAUCCAAGUCGUUAUUUCCCCCCUCCUAGUCCACCUCAUUUGGCUCUGUCUAUAAACAGAGCUCAAGUUCCCAACACAGUAUUUCCAACAGAGGGAAGUGAUUUGAGUACACAGCUGCACCAUAUCAAGAUGGAAAGAAAGGACCUGGAAAAGACUAGGAUGGAACUGAUGAAAAAAGUGAAAGGCUUGCUUGAGCAAAGCAAACUUCGGCGAUGCCAAGCCCGUGAUUCCUGGAAGAAGAAGUAUUUUGAAGUGAAAAAAGCCACUGUUUCCAUGGAGGGGGUUUUGAAUAAGCUGCGAGAAGAUUUAGAGCUUCACUACCAGAAAUUACUGAUACAGCUCGAAGCUAGGGAUAUCAAGAAAAAACGAAAUAAUUUACAACACACCACUAAUUCAAAGAAUAAUACAAUAAUCCAGAUCACAACUCUGCAGCAUGAAAUUGACCAGCUAAGAAGAAGGCUAGAUAAUAUGAAAAUGAAGCUUGUCAUAGAAAUCAAGAUGAGAAAACAGGCAACUUCUGAUUUACGAGCACUGAAGGCAGAACUGGCACAUAAGAAGGCUCAGUCAUCUAUAAAACGCCAAUCUCAAAAACAAGUGCCUUAACUGACCCCCAUUUGAGAUUCUUCAUUAUAUCUUUUUAUAAAUAUCCAUGGAGGCGAGUCCUUUUGUUUAAAUCUAGUAGAGAUGUCGCGCAGCAUUAUAUCCAUUCUAUGCAGCAACAAAGGGCAGCUGGGGAAAUGGGGAGAAUUUUACUUGUAGGCACCGCAGUAGCACUGCGUAGGAAAGGGUGCUAGUCUUUCCUAUUAAAAUUUCUAAGUUCUUGUAACUUAAAACAAAUUUUGGACACACCUAGAUUGACUGGAUCCUUCUUCAAACCUCCUGCUACUUACAAGGCUUCACUCCGAUUGUGCAUAUCACAAAUUGAGCAGGGCAGGUUCUGUGUGUUUAACAUUGCAUUUGGACAGUUAAUGGCUAUGGAUGUUGUAUCCUUUGAAAAGGAAGAACAUUGGUGAUAAGAAGCUUGAAGGCAGAUGUUAAAGAAGAAUCAGUAACUGACCCUGUUUGUUCCACUCAUUUAUAAUAUAUGUUAGGAUCAUUGUUUUACAAAUCAAAAUUUGUUUUUACAUCUUCAAAUUUAGCGCAUUCUUAUAUAUCUCAUCUAAAUCAGUCUCUGUCUUGCUUCCACACACAGUGGAGUCACAAUCAAGUGUCAAUUUAAUUUUUAAAUGUCUCAGUUUUUUGAUACUGGUCAGGCAUAUCAAACAUAUUAGCAUACAUCCUGUUAUUGUGCAAAAAUAGGAAAUAAUACAAAUAAUUAUGUUUUCUAUUUUGUUUCUUGAUGUAGCUGCAUGAAUAAAUGGAAUGCCUCAAGAGGCAUGAUCUGGGAUGGGAUGAAAUGGGGAAAAACAGGAAUGGAAGCUGCCUACCUCUACAUAUUUCCUUUUUGUUUUUCAUGCCAUGAGCUACCUAUUUAUCAUUCUGUGUAUAUGUAUUCAUAGUGUCUGACAGAUGGCUGUAGUAAAGCUCUCUAUUCUGAAAUCCACAUUUUAACUCCUUUCCCCAAGGUAUAAAUGUAAAAAAACCUGCUUUUGAAUCAAAAGAUGUAAGAUUUUUCUCUGUUUUUCUCAAGCUGCAGGAUUUCAUUGAGACUGAGAGUGUAGGAAGCAUGCAAGGUGGAGUCUUUAGUGGCUGUUUGAAACCUGGGAAUAGUUGAAGAAAGCAAGGGGAUUGUGUGCAUCCAUUUUCUUAACCAUGUGCCCAGGCCCUUAGGUGUCAGAUUUUGAUGGCUCCUCUCACUGACAUUGUACCUUCAGUCUAUAAAAGAUGGAAAAUAAGGGCUCCUCCAGAUACGGCAGAAGUUCUGCCUCCAGUUGAUAACUGUUGGUUUAGUUCAGCGGGAAGGAACACUGGCCUUACUACAGUUCUCUAACAUUCUCUGCAGUUUCAAAUGCCACUGCUUUUCCUCAGCAUACAUGGCACUUCCAGGCUAUGUUCCUUGCAGCAAGAGUGAGAGAAAAAUGUUACCAGGAUAAAUUCCAGGAAAAGAAGCCGGGUGUACGUAUCACUUCCUCUAAUCUCCCCCAUUUUUUUAGUGGAUAAGGAAGGGGGACACAACACUGUUCUACUUUUGAGGGUGGCAUAGAAUUCCUUUUAAUUAAAAAAACAUUAUUUCAAAAAUAUGAAAGAAACCAAAUUUCCCUGCAGCAAUCUGUUUUCUGGUGCAAUGGGGCGGGGCGGAGGGCAUAUUAAAAAGCAGCUGAAAGCUUCUUACCAGAAACUGCGAUGGGGAAGUGCAAAACAUCACUUCAUGCCGUCAGCUGAACUAAAAUAAACUGUGCCUCAGGAGGGGAUUAUAAAACAGGAAGUAAUGGAUUUUGUUGCUGAUAGAACUGAAGUCUUGCCUCAUAUGGGCAGCAGGGAGGAAAACAGCAACAUCACCAAGGAACCAGGUACAGUACAAAAUAUAAAAGACAUGUUCCAUCUGGACAGGCCCAAAGAUUGGCUGUACAAAUCUUGUAUUUUUCUAAAUGUGAUUUAUUUCGUAAGAAACAGUGCAGAUUCCGCUCUGGGACCUAUUCUUAUCCUUAGAGAUUGAGUUUCUGGAAUGUAAAUACUUUAUAUGCAGUAAACUCUGACAAGUCCUUGCUUCAAGCUUGUCCAGCCUGAAAGCCAAGAAGUACAUAAACCUAGCCAGGCACCAUGAUGCGGAACCUUAAUGUGUUGCAAUUGGAAAGCUUACGAGGAAGUGCUAAUUACUUCAAGCUACAGGAGACAUGAAAUAUGAAAGAGGAUAUUAAAAUUUUCCCAACACUCAAGAAGAGGAACUUUCCUAUGUGCCAUGCAAACCCAAUCUCUACCUUCAAAAGAGAGUUGGCUAAGUUCAUAGAGGAUAGAGCUGUCAGUGGCGGCUACUUAUGACUGUGCUGAGUUAUCAUAGAAAAUCAUAGAAAAGUAAAGUUGGAAGGGGCCUACAAGGCCAUCAAGUCCAACCCCCUGCUCAACGCAUUCAGAGCAAAUGCAAUGGGAGAGUAGGAUAAAAAUAUUUCUCACAAAACAAAACAACAAAAAUUCACAUGGAGAGAGCAGUGCCAGAAAGGGAUGAAAAGGGACUCUGGCCUCUGGUCAGACUUUUAUACAGCUUUUAUCCAUGGCUGCUGCUCCAGCCACCCUGCGUUUCCCAAAGGAAAGCUUAUGCAUUCUUAUCAAUCCUGACACAGAUCUAUAGAUCCAACCAUUAGUCCUCCCCAUAUCAGAUUUGGGAAGCUC